AUGGCUCGAAUCAGCAAACGGGUUUACUGUUGCCAGCGCAUGAUAACCGUAGAGGUAGAUCCGAAACUAUUUGAAGCGGCCAUCCAAGCAUUGAAACAGCACAGAGCCAAGCCUAAAGAUACUCCGUCUUCCGAUCUGAAACCUCAGGAUUCUCGCGAUGUGGAUGCCACAUACACCCUUACCUGGUGGAAUCAAACUGGUGGUGAUCUUCUCACUCUUUACGACGCUCAAGUGCAUCCAUCCUUCAUCUUGCCUGUAAAGGCUAUGCCAGACAAACAUUUCCGUACUGGUUCAACAUCCCUAGCGUGGUUCUUUACCAAUGGGGCCUGGGCACAGGGCGAGAUGGACGGAUACUCUAUCUGGUAUGCACCCAAUGGGUCCUGGUUUGGGGUCAACAUCCAUUGUCCUGUGCAGGUCAUUGGUAUCGGCACUGCAUCAUAUUAUGAGGUCGCUUGGUCUGAAUGGGGUAAGGAGACGUUUUUCAAACCGGUUGAUGAGCCUCACAUGUCUUUUGACUUUCCUCGCUCUCUUGGAUAUAAUAUUCAGAUCAAGCCUCAAAGCGGACAUUCCACUAUUCUUGUUGAUGUAAUCAUUAGCAAGAUCCCUUGAGCUGAUGAUAGGACGACUGUUGGACUGUCGAAAUCUAGGUGCCAUGUUCUUUUGCCCAUCAAUCAAAUUUGGUUUAUACUUCACAAGAUACUGCCUGGCUCACAUAUCAUCCUGUAUAUUUCACUCAGAAGCGUAGUAUCGUUAUCUGAGUUACGUCAGAAGAUUCAAUGUUGGUUCAGAGUCUGCGACUGCUGGAAAUCUAAACACUGAGUGAAGGGACGGACGUCGCCUUUGCGGGAAUUGGACGAAAAUGACAGCAAGGUUCAGAACCCCACGGCAACGUCAACAGGGAUCAAGACGCAUAAAAAGGGGCGCCUUACCAAGAAUGGCAGGCGGGGAAUCAGGG